CGGAAGCCGGGGAGAGCUGAGAGCAGGUUCUACCUCAGGGAAGUUAGCAGUGUGAAUCCGGAUAGCGGUGAAGAGGUGUCUGGGACGCAAUGGCGACUGUGGAAGCAAGCGGCAGCGAUGGGAAAGGGCAAGGGGUAGAGACCCCCGUCACCUAUUAUCGUUUGGAGGAGGUGGCGAAGCGCAACUCCUUGAAGGAGAUUUGGCUGGUGAUCCACGGGCGAGUCUACGAUAUCACCCGCUUCCUUAACGAGCAUCCCGGCGGAGAAGAGGUUCUGCUGGAACAAGCUGGUGCAGAUGCAAGUGAAAGCUUUGAGGAUGUAGGCCACUCCUUGGAUGCCAGAGAAAUGCUAAAGCAGUACUAUAUUGGUGACGUGCAUCCGAAUGACCUUAAACCUGAAAGUGGUAGCAAGGACCCUUCGAAAAAUAACACAUGCAAAAGUUGCUGGUCAUACUGGAUUUUCCCCAUCAUAGGCGCCAUUCUGUUAGGUUUCCUGUACCGUUAUUGCUACACUUCGGAAAGCAAGUCCUCCUGAGGAGGCCUUGGUGACGCCUGGAAAACACAUCCACUUGGGAGUGAAAACCAGAGACUUGUUUGAAGGCUGCAGCGGUGCGCUAUCCUCAAAUCCUGCCAGAGUCGUUUUCUUCCCCCUUGGAACCCAGAUGGUUGGCCAGGCAUCCGCCUCAGACCUGGGGACAGUGUCCUUUCUCAGAGCCUUACUCCCAAGCACCUGCUCGUUGUUCUGUGUCCUUGCCCAUGUUUCCUCUCUUCACUGGUUUCCACGAGCACUUUCAUAGCACAAAACUUUCUGUUAAUUAUUGCAAUCCGUAUGUCCUAGUGACAUCGCCCUUUGGUAAAAAUGCCUGCUUUCCAAUCCUUGGAAUGCGCAUUAGACAUUCUUAACACAGCUGCACGCUCGGGUUUUGAAGCUUUUCUUUUUCCAUUUUUCUUGUAAGUAAAUAUUAUUUUGAAUUCUGGCUUAAUUCUAUUAUUUGUCAUAAGGGGUUUAAUUCAUGAAGUAAAGGUGCACACCUAUGACUUCAACCACAACUGCCAAAUGAUCUUGUUCCUUGUUUAUAUUUGUUAAAACCAGAAAGAUCCAUGGGGUCGUCUCCUCCCUCCCGAGCUGGUGGAGCAGGUAGCUCUUGCCACCUCCUCAGUCUAUCAAGUGGUGCUGGACAGAACCGUGCUUCCCUUUUAUUAAUAUUUCUUGGAAUGGAGACACAGGGCGAAUUCACAGCAAUCUUUCGUUUGAAAAAUACUGAGAAAUACUAUAGGACAGAAGUUUAGGAAAAGCACCAAAGACUUCAUCCUUUACUUUGGUUUGGCACCCAUUUCUAUUCAUCUUUUUUCUUUCCCCCAACCAUCUUUUAUUAGUAAAAUGUAAAUUUGUAAUUAUGUCUAUAGAGCUUUACCAGGGAUUCUUGCUGCUUUUUUGGUUUAUUGGUUAGAAACUUUCUUAUUCCCUAUAUUAUCAAAAGUAAGGGGCUCCAAAUUGAUCAGAGAUAUAAUAUUUGAUCUUCUGCUUGCCCUAGUAAAAUAACUUCCAUAGUCAAGUGGCACUGGAGAGGGGAAGAUGGCAACAAGAGAAUGUUUUCCGUUUCAUCUGUAUUUUUACCUCCAUGGCUCCAAUUUGUGGUUUUGUUGUUUUUCCAUUUAAAAUAAAAGGAAAAAAAACUGGUAGUUUUUUUUCUCAGAUGACUGUUUCAUUGAGGAGUAGGUUAUUACUUAGAAUUACCUUACUGUUUCUUCUUGGUUCAGGAAUUUCUUUGGCAUAUUGGACUUUACUUUUUUUUUUUUUUUUCCUGUGGAAACACCUGAGGAGACAGUACACUGGCUGUUUUCUGUUAACAACUGUUUGUGGUGAUUUUUGUCCCCAUCCUUUGAGGAUUUCCAGUCUGCUGCUGAGCCAUUGUCCUGUGCCGCAGGGAGCAGCGUGGUCAGGAAGGUGCAUGGGCUCUGCUCAGUAUCUCCUCCCUGCGUCCUGCUUGCCAGGGACUUGACAAGAUGGGAAACUGCCCAGCAAACCAGUGUCUGCCAUGCAAACUAUUUAAGAAAAAGUUCAACCCAGGUCUUGUAUCCUGUGAUUUAGCAGUUGAGUGAAUUCAGAAUUCAUCAAAAUAAUAUUACCCUUAUAUUUGCACACUAGGGUAUGACAUUCUGGAGUGAUUUGGGUGUGGGGGGAGGGUUCUUGAUUAAUUUUAUACAUUAGGGAUAGGGGUAUAGUCAAACUUUUAUUGUUAGAAAAUGUUUUGUAUGUAGUAUAAGAUGCCACUUUAAGAUCAUUUAUUAAAAAAAAAUUAUUGGUUAUUGUGUAGCCAAAGUGGUGUGACUACUGAUGCUCCUUCAUUUGAAGACAAGGAAGGGUUGCCAUGAAUAAGAAUUGGUAUAGAAUUCCUGUAGGUUGCAUGAUUACAUGGGACCAUGUUGGGUAGAAGUAAAAAACAAAGGAGUAUUGAGGAGCUGGAAAGGGAACGAAAGUUCAGGCUAAAACUAAGCCGGAAGAUAACUUGGAUCAUUCAAAAGUGUGCUGGCAGUCUCCAGAAUUGAAUGAAAAACAUCUGGCUUAUAAGAAACAUUAAAGAACGAUAGUCUUAAGUAAAAUUGGUGUUUUUGAUAAUUUUUAGGGUAAACACCAAUGCAAAAGGUAUGUUUUUCUAUUUCAUAUUGAUUGCCUUUUCCUGUUUAUAUCUGGACUUGUUUUUACUCAAAGCCAGAGGAAAAGAUUUUUAGACUUUGUCUCUACCAUCCAUGAAAUCCAUCUAAUACCCAGGGCUUCUUUUGAUCUGCUAAUGUGAUGUCACUUUAUAUUAUAAAAACCACUUUUGAGUCCAUUUGCUAUUAUUCUGCUGCCUAUGUAAACAGCCAGGUGAAAAGUAGAGCUUGUGUGAGUGUUUGCAGAGGUUUUUCUGAACAAUAAAGUAAUGCACGAUGUUAGCCAAAUCCAUCAAAAAAGGACUUUUGUUUUAAGAGGUGGACUCGAAUUUUCAAAACAGUCUCAACAUUGGUAGGUCAUGAAAACCCCUCAGAAGCGAGUGGAGCCAGUCCCUGUUGGCUGACUGUGUCUCCUGGAACCAGUCUCUGGGGUGUUUGGUUUAUUUCCAAGGAAACUUAGCUGUGGCUGCACACCAUACGGUACCCAUAAUGGCCGGGGAUCACAAAAGGAGGAGAAGAGGGACGGUUGAUGCCACCAAAAUAGGGAUAUUAGUGCCGGGUCUCCAAAAUUUCCCAGCCCGUCUCUUGGGAAUUGGUUCGGUUUCCAAAUGACUUACACAUUUAUAAAGACAAGAAAGUGGUGGGGAUAGUUUAUAUUAUGUUUAAUUCUUAUGUGACCACUUAAGCAGAAACAAAAAUCCAUUAGAACCUCUAAUUUGAUCCUGUAAAGUUCUGUGAGCAAUUGUCAUAAAAGCAUAUGUUGUGAAAUAAGAGCAUCAUUGCGUUCAUAGUCAUUUAGUCCUGAAGUAGAGCAAUGAAAAAUGCUUUACAGCCCAGUAUAUCAUUACUCUUGGUAUCUCAUGCUUAAAACCUCAAGUGAGAGCUAUCUGGUUAAAUUCUGUUUUAGGAGAUUAAAAUGUGGAAUGUUAAUGUUCAUUACUUCCUUCCCGGGAGAAAUAGAUUCAGACAUGUCUUGUCUCAAUGAGAAAUUGAUUCCUUUUUAACCAUCUCAUUCGGUUUGUAUAUAUCACAAAAGUAAUGGGGAGUUUGGUUCUAUUGGGCUGUUGUGCUCCGAAAGAGCCUGGUUUGGAAUUUGUGGGGUGAUCUCAGAGGGAGGUUCCAAGAAGCAGAGGUAUUUAAGUUACCUACCCUACAUCUAGCAUCUUCCUCAUGAGUUUUACGAGCCACUCUUUGCACACAUCCAUAUUUUACAUUUGCUAAAACGUUAUUAACGAUUACUUAACUUCCUUUCUUUUUACUUCAUCCUUGACUGUGAAUGAGUAAUAUUAACAUUUCCUUUUGUGUAUUCAAUAAUGGAGUUUGUUUACCUAUUUUAUUUCAGCAUAUUUUGAACAAAGAUCUUUGUCUCUUUCUGCUGGAAUGUGCACAUAGUGAAUGUUUGUUAGAACUACACACAAUAAAGAUACUGUUUUCCUUUUC